AUGUCGACCGAAGAAAUCGAGGAUAUCUUCCUCGACCUCACCCAAAAGUUCGGUUUCCAGCGGGACUCUAUGCGAAACAUGUUCGACUUCCUGAUGCAGCAGCUCGAUUCCCGCGCUUCUCGUAUGACACCCAACCACGCUUUGCUUACUCUCCACGCGGACUACAUCGGCGGACAACACGCCAACUACCGUAAAUGGUAUUUCGCCGCCCAGCUCAACCUAGACGAUGCCGUCGGACAGGUCAACAACCCCGGUUUGCAACGUCUGAAGUCCGUCGGCGGCAAGGGUGUCAAGACGGCAGGCUCCAAAUCGCUUGACAGUGCGCUCAACCGUUGGCGGAACGCCAUGAACAGCAUGUCGCAGUACGAUCGCCUGCGUCAGAUUGCGCUGUAUCUGCUCUGCUGGGGUGAAGCCGGAAACGUUCGCUUCGUGCCCGAGACGCUUUGCUUCAUCUUCAAGUGCGCCGACGACUACUACCGGAGUCCCGAGUGCCAAAACCGCGUCGAUCCCGUCCCCGAGGGCGUCUAUCUCGAUACGGUCAUCAAACCGCUGUGGCGCUUCAUGCGGGAUCAGGGCUACGAGGUUGGCGAGGGUGGCAAGUUCGUCCGGCGUGAGAAGGACCACGCCGAGAUCAUCGGUUACGACGACAUCAACCAGCUCUUCUGGUAUCCGGAAGGCUUGGCUCGCAUCGUGCUCCGGGACGGUACCCGCCUUGUGGACGCGGCCCCUGCUCAGCGGUUCACGAAGUUCAGUAAGAUCGACUGGAACAAGGUCUUCUUCAAGACCUACUACGAAAAGCGGUCCGUCGCCCACCUGAUCGUGAACUUCAACCGUGUCUGGAUCUUGCACAUUGCGGUGUACUGGUUCUACACGGCCUUCAACUCGCCGAAGGUGUAUGCGCCAGCGAACAAGCAGUUCCCGUCUGCUCCGAUGACUUGGUCGGCAACCGCCUUGGGCGGCGCGGUAGCCACGCUCAUCAUGAUUGUCGCAACGUGCGCGGAGUACAUGUACCUCCCGACGACCUGGCAUAACGCCUCGCAUCUCACCACCCGCCUUUUCUUCCUGCUCAUCGUCUUAGCUCUCACGGGCGGUCCGACUAUCUACCUUGCUAUCAUCGACGGCCGGCCAACAACGAACAAUGUCCCGCUGAUCAUCGGUGUUGUCCAAUUCGGUAUAUCCGUCGUAGCGACCCUCGUGUUCGGUAUCGUCCCCUCCGGUCGGAUGUUCGGGGAUCGUGUAGCCGGAAAGUCGAGGAAGUACUUGGCCUCGCAAACGUUCACGGCAUCGUACCCUGCGCUCGCGCGCUCGCCCCGCACCGCGUCCAUCAUGCUCUGGGUUGGCGUUUUCGGGUGCAAGUUCGUCGAGAGCUACUUCUUCUUGACCUCGUCGUUCAGUAGUCCCAUCGCCGUCAUGGCGCGGACCAAGGUCCAGGGGUGCAACGACAAGUUCUUUGGCAACGCGCUGUGCACGAACCAGGUUCCGUUUGCGCUGGCGAUCAUGUAUGUCAUGGACCUCAUCCUCUUCUUCCUCGACACGUACUUGUGGUACAUCAUCUGGAGUGUGGUGCUGAGUAUCGGUCGGUCGUUCGCCAUGGGCCUGUCUAUUUGGACGCCCUGGCACGAGGUCUACACGCGCUUGCCCAAGCGGAUUUACGCCAAGCUCUUGGCUACCGCCGAGAUGGAGGUCAAGUACAAGCCUAAGGUCCUCGUUUCCCAAAUUUGGAACGCGAUUGUCAUCUCAAUGUACCGCGAGCACCUGCUAUCCAUCGAUCACGUUCAGUCCCUGCUGUAUCAUCAGGUCGACGGACCCGGCGGCCAGCGGACCCUUCGUGCCCCUCGCUUCUUCACGAACAAUGACGGCGCACCGGGCAAGUUCUUCCCCCAUGGUAGCGAGGCCGAGCGUCGCAUUUCCUUCUUCUCGUCCUCCCUGACCACAGCGCUUCCCGAACCGCUCCCAGUGGACGCCAUGCCGACCUUCACCGUGCUCGUACCCCACUAUUCCGAGAAGAUCUUGCUCAGUCUCCGCGAGAUUAUCAGGGAGCAGGAUCACAACACCCGCGUCACGCUCCUCGAAUACCUGAAGCAGCUGCAUCCCUUCGAGUGGGACAACUUCGUCAAGGACACGAAGAUCUUGGCCGAGGAGAACGCCCAUGAUGAUCCUACGGCAUCCUCAAUCAACGAGAAAGGCGGCAAAAAGGCGGAUGAUCUCCCCUUCUACUUCAUCGGCUUCAAAAACUCGUCGCCGGAGUACACGCUCCGCACGCGUAUAUGGGCAUCGCUGCGUUUCCAGACCUUGUACCGCACGGUGUCUGGCAUGAUGAAUUACGCGAAGGCCAUCAAGCUUCUCUACCGCGUGGAGAACCCGCAGAUCGUCCAGGCCUUCGCUGGCAACACGGACAGGCUCGAGCGCGAGCUUGAGCGCAUGUCCCGGCGCAAGUUCAAGUUUGCCAUUUCGAUGCAGCGGUACAGCAAGUUCAACAAGGAAGAACAGGAGAACGCUGAGUUCUUGCUGCGCGCGUACCCCGACCUGCAGAUCGCGUUCCUCGAGGACGAGCCGGGACCGAAGGAAGCUGAGCCUCGCUGGUUCUCUGUGCUCAUCGAUGGCCAUUCCGAGAUUGACGAGAAGACUGGAAAGCGGAAGCCCAAAUUCCGCGUCGAGCUCCCUGGCAAUCCUAUUCUCGGAGACGGAAAGUCCGACAAUCAAAAUCACGCGAUCAUCUUCUAUCGUGGCGAGUACUUGCAGCUCAUCGAUGCUAACCAGGACAACUACUUGGAAGAGUGCCUGAAGAUCCGGAACAUCCUUGGCGAGUUCGAGGAGUACAACGUUUCCAGUCAGAGCCCGUACGCGCAAUGGGGCCACAAGGAAUUCAGCAAGGCACCGGUUGCCAUCGUCGGCACACGCGAGUACAUUUUCUCCGAGAACAUCGGUGUGUUGGGAGACAUUGCCGCCGGAAAGGAGCAGACGUUCGGUACCAUGACCGCCCGCGCGCUCUCGUGGAUCGGCGGAAAGCUUCACUACGGCCAUCCCGACUUGCUCAACGCCAUCUUCAUGUGCACUCGCGGAGGUGUCUCGAAGGCGCAGAAGGGCUUGCACCUGAACGAGGAUAUCUACGCCGGCAUGAACGCCUUCGGUCGCGGAGGCCGCAUUAAGCACUUGGAGUAUUACCAAUGCGGCAAGGGUCGUGAUCUUGGUUUCGGUACCAUUCUCAACUUCCAGACCAAGAUCGGCACGGGUAUGGGCGAGCAAAUGCUUAGUCGAGAGUACUACUACCUCGGGACGCAGCUGCCGGUCGACCGUUUUUUGACCUUCUACUACGGUCACCCCGGAUUCCACGUGAACAACAUCCUCGUCAUCUAUUCCAUUGAGGUCUUCAUGAUUACGCUGCUGUACCUGGGCACGCUCAACAAGUCCCUGGCCAUAUGUUCGGUGGACUCGACCGGGAAUGUCAUCGCAGGGCAGCCCGGAUGCUACAACCUCAUUCCCGUCUUCGACUGGGUGAAGCGUUGCGUCAUCUCCAUUUUCCUUGUGUUUAUCAUAGCUUUCCUCCCGCUGUUCUUGCAAGAACUUGUGGAGCGAGGAACUGGCAGUGCGCUCAUGCGUCUCGCCAAGCACUUCCUCUCGCUUUCCCCCAUCUUCGAAGUAUUCUCCACUCAAAUCUACGCACAGGCUAUCCGAAGUAACUUGACUUUCGGCGGUGCUCGUUACAUCGCCACCGGUCGUGGCUUCGCCACCACCCGUCUCUCGUUCGCUAUCUUGUACUCGCGUUUCGCAGGACCAAGUAUCUACUUGGGCAUGCGCAACUUGCUCAUCUUACUUUACGUCUCUUUAUCGCUCUGGAUUCCGCACCUCAUCUACUUCUGGUUCUCCGUUGCAUCGCUCUGCCUAGCACCCUUCAUCUUCAACCCGCAUCAGUUCUCCUUCGCCGACUUCGUCAUCGACUACCGGGAAUUCCUUCGAUGGAUGUCGCGCGGCAAUUCUCGGACGAAAGCGAGCAGUUGGUACGGCUACUGCCGUCUAUCACGUACGAUGAUCACCGGUUACAAGAAGAAGAAGCUCGGCCUCCCAUCCGAAAAGCUUUCUGGCGAUGUGCCUCGUGCUACCUGGCGCUCGGUCAUCAUUUCCGAGAUCCUGUGGCCGAUUUGGGCUGCCGCUAUCUUCGUUGUUGCCUACAUGUUCGUGAAGUCAUUCCCGAAUCCAACAACGGGUAAGCAAAACCCCAGCCCGCUCAUCCGUGUCCUCUUCAUCGCUGUCGGCCCCAUGGUUUGGAACGCGGUCGUCCUUUUGACGCUGUUCUUUGUCUCGCUAUUCCUUGGUCCCAUGCUGGAGAGCUGGGUGAAGUUCGGCUCUGUUAUGGCUGCCCUCGCUCAUAUGCUCGCACUAUUGGGAUUGAUCGCGUUCUUCGAAUUCUUCUGGUUCUUGGAACUAUGGGACGCAUCGCACGCCGUGCUCGGCGCCGUCUGCAUCGUUGCCAUACAGCGUGCGAUCACGAAGAUCCUGAUCGCUGUAUUCCUUUCUCGUGAAUAUAAGCACGACGAGACGAACAGGGCCUGGUGGACGGGCAAAUGGUACGGCCGCGGUCUCGGCAAUUCCGCCCUGUCGCAGCCUGCCCGCGAAUACAUCGUGAAGAUCGUCGAGAUGUCGCUAUGGAGUUCAGACUUUUUGCUCGGACACAUCCUCUUGAUCAUCCUGACCCCGCCGAUAUUCAUUCCUUACUUCGACCGGUUACAUUCCACCAUGCUCAUGUGGCUUCGUCCGUCGAAGCAGAUUCGUGCACCUCUGUUCUCCACCAAGCAGAAGCGCCAGCGAAGAUGGAUGAUCAUCAAGUACACUUUCGUCUACAUAGUGAUAGUGGCUUUCCUCGCGGCUUUGAUAGUCCUGCCCGCGCUAUUCAGAGAUCUUAUCACUAUCAACUGCACAGUAUGUCAGAACAUUUAA